ACGCAGGAUAGCAGGAUAACUGCGCGCGUUCGCUCAGUCCUUCGGUCGUUAUCCUACUUUUCCCACCUCAAACAAGUCCUUUCCUACAAAAUCUGCACCAGAAAAUGAAAAUUCCGCUUUAAAAAUGUCUAUUUUUUCGCAACUGCAACUUCCACCCACGCAUAGUUGGUAAAACAAGUUCAAAAAUAUUUCUUGGCACGCGUCGUGGUACGAUCGGUUCAAUGUGAAACGUCAGGGAUAAAUUGUUAUGAUGUUGGGGAGGAAACAGAGCCUGAAAGGCGAGCCCGUGCUCGCCGACUACGGACCGGACGAGGCAUUCAACGAGAGCGCUGAUAUCGAAUGGGUCAACAUGAUAUGGGUGCGAAGAUUGAUGCGGUUUUGCGCGCUGCUAAGCUUAGCUUCGAUUUGUUGCAACACGCCAAAGACCUUCGAACGCAUUCCGCCCAUGCAGAUCAUCACAUUUUCGGUGGAUUCGUUUGUCACGUUUUUAUUUACUGCAGAGAUGAUUGCCAAAAUGCACAUUCGGGGAAUACUUAAAGGAGAACGACCUUAUCUAAAGGAUCAUUGGUGUCAAUUUGAUGCAAGUAUGGUGUUCUUCCUAUGGAUUUCCGUCAUUUUACAAAUAUUUGAAUUGACUGAAGUUGUGCCAAAGUACAGCUACUUAUCGAUUUUAAGAGCACCGAGACCACUGAUCAUGAUUCGAUUUUUAAGAGUAUUUCUUAAAUUUUCUAUGCCAAAAUCACGAAUUAAUCAAAUCUUCAAACGAUCGAGUCAACAAAUUUACAAUGUCACCUUGUUCUUUUUAUUCUUUAUGUCCCUCUAUGGAUUAUUGGGUGUCCAGUUUUUUGGGGAACUAAAAAAUCACUGCGUACUAAAUACAACUGAACCAGGGAAUAUCACUAUCAAUUCUUUAGCGAUUCCAGACACGUUUUGUUCGGUUGAUCCAAAUUCCGGUUAUCAAUGUCCCGUUGGAAUGAAAUGUAUGAAACUUGGAUUGUCGAGAUAUAUCAUGGGCUUCAAUGGAUUUGACGAAUUUGUGACGAGUUUUUUUACGGUUUACCAAGCUUCUUCGCAAGAAGGAUGGGUUUUCAUCAUGUACCGAGCAAUUGACAGCUUACCCGGAUGGCGAGCAGUCUUAUACUUCAGUACAAUGAUUUUCUUUCUUGCCUGGCUGGUAAAGAACGUUUUCAUUGCUGUUAUCACUGAAACAUUCAACGAGAUACGUGUACAAUUCCAACAAAUGUGGGGUGUACGAGGGAAUAUACAACAUUCAACAGCGUCACAAAUAUUCACCGGUGAUGAUCGUGGUUGGAAGUUGGUAACCCUAGACGAUAAUAAACACGCUGGACUCGCCCCGGAAAUUUGCCAUCAAAUAUUGCGUUCACCACAAUUUCGCUUAGCUGUAAUGGGUGUAAUACUAGCAAAUGGCGCAGUUACGGCCACAUUACGUUUCAAACACGAUGGCACUCCUCGAAGCGCCUUCUAUGAAAAGUAUUACUACUCAGAAAUCGGCUUUACUAUACUUUUAAACCUGGAAACAGCGUUUAAAAUCUGGUGUCUGGGAUGGCGAGGAUAUUGGAAACAUUCAAUUCAUAAAUUUGAACUUUUGCUGGCAAUUGGGACCAGUAUUCACAUCAUUCCAUAUUUCUACAUGUCUGGUUUUACUUACUUUCAAGUAUUACGAGUUGUAAGAUUGAUCAAAGCUUCUCCACUGCUGGAAGAUUUUGUAUACAAAAUCUUUGGUCCCGGAAAGAAAUUGGGCAGUCUGAUUAUCUUCACUAUGUGUUUACUGAUCAUUUCUUCAAGUAUAUCAAUGCAACUCUUUUGCUUUCUCUGCGGUUUUACAAAAUUCGAAACUUUCGCCGAGGCUUUCAUGAGCAUGUUCCAGAUUUUGACACAGGAAGCAUGGGUGGAAGUUAUGGACGAAACUAUGUUAUUGACACCACCAACAAUUGCGCCACUAGUUGCAGUGUAUUUUAUUCUGUACCAUCUUUUCGUCACUUUGAUUGUGUUAAGUUUGUUCGUCGCUGUAAUCUUAGACAACUUGGAGUUGGAUGAAGACAUUAAAAAACUAAAACAACUAAAAUAUCGUGAACAAAGCGCUGAAAUCAAAGAAACACUGCCGUUUCGUCUUCGAAUCUUUGAAAAGUUCCCAGACAGUCCACUUAUGGUUACUUUACACAAAGUACCAUCCGAUUUUAGCCUGCCUAAAGUCCGAGAAAGUUUUAUGCGACAGUUUGUAUUCGAAACUGAAAAUGGCGAAAAUUCCGAAGGACUUAAAAAACUUAGCGAGGAAAUAUUUGAUUCGAAAAUUAUCUAUCGCAAACAACGACCGCUCAAAAUUCUAAACAACAACAUUCCGAAAGUUCGAGUGAUAAACUUCAAAUUGAAGAAGACUUCUGUUGCUCACAUUAUUAAUGAUUCAAAUAAUCAAAGAUUAAUGCUUGGUGACUCUUCAAUGAUACCGGUCCCUGGCACAAAAGUACCAUUAAAACCACAGGGUACCAUCAACAGUAUGAAACAAUUACGUAUUGAUCCCAAGAAGUUUGGUUCUCGGUCGAUUCGAAGGAGCGUGCGAAGCGGAUCCAUUAAACUAAAGCAGACCUACGAGCAUCUGAUGGAGAAUGGUGACAUAGGAGUCAACAGAGUAACAUCUGCACGUGCAAGGCCUCAUGAUUUGGAUAUUAAACUACUUCAGGCAAAACGACAACAAGCUGAAAUGAGGAGGAAUCAACGGGAGGAAGAUUUGCGUGAGAAUCAUCCCUUCUUUGAUACGCCAUUAUUUGCUGUACCUCGUGAGAGUAGAUUCAGGAAAAUAUGUCAAUUGAUUGUGUAUGCAAGGUAUGAUGCUCGAUUAAAAGAUCCUUUGACGGGAAAAGAACGAAAAGUACAAUAUAAAACUCUACAUAACUUUUUGGGACUAGUAACCUACCUUGAUUGGGUAAUGGUAAUGAUGACAACAUUAUCAUGUUUCUCCAUGAUGUUUGAAACACCUUACUAUCGUGUAAUGGAAAAUUACAGCCUACAAUUAGCUGAAUACAGUUUUGUUAUCUUCAUGAGCAUGGAACUAGCUUUGAAAAUACUAGCAGAUGGUUUAUUCUUCACUCCGAAAGCAUACAUCAAAGAUUGUGCAGCCAUUUUGGAUGUGUUUAUUUACCUUGUAAGUCUUGUAUUUUUAAUCUGGAUGCCAAGAAAAGUCCCACCUAAAUCCGGUGCACAACUACUGAUGAUUCUACGAUGUUUGAGACCGUUACGGAUAUUCACAUUGGUUCCACACAUGAGAAAAGUGGUUUCGGAAUUAUGCAGAGGAUUCAAAGAGAUUUUGCUAGUAUCAACAUUACUUAUAUUGUUGAUGUUUGUGUUUGCAAGUUACGGUGUUCAGUUGUAUGGAGGAAGAUUGGCUCGUUGCAAUGACCCGACAAUUCAGAAACGUGCAGAUUGUGUUGGUGUCUUCAUGCGGAGAGUAUUCGUAACCAAAAUGAAGUUGAAACCAGGACCAGAUGAAUCCUAUCCGUCAAUAUUGGUACCACGAGUGUGGGCCAAUCCAAAACGUUUCAAUUUUGAUAAUAUUGGAGAUGCAAUGCUGGCUUUGUUUGAAGUAUUAUCUUUCAAAGGAUGGUUGGAUGUUAGGGACGUUCUCAUCAAAGCGUUGGGACCAGUUCAUGCUAUCUACAUCCACAUCUACAUUUUCAUAGGCUGCAUGAUUGGUUUGACAUUGUUCGUCGGCGUAGUUAUUGCUAACUAUUCAGAGAACAAAGGCACUGCUUUACUCACUGUUGAUCAAAGACGUUGGUGUGAUUUGAAGAAGCGUUUGAAGAUUGCUCAACCUUUGCAUUUACCACCAAGGCCAGAUGGGAAAAAAUUCAGAGCGUUUAUCUAUGAUAUUACACAGAAUUUGAAGUUUAAAAGGCUUGUGGCAGUUAUGGUGCUGAUUAAUAGUUCAUUACUCAGUGUUACAGUGAGUACCAUUUUCAAAAAUAGUGUUUACAUUAUUAAAACUUGUUUUAUUAUAUUACAGUGGAACAAAGAACAUUCCUACACUGUAAUCCUAGCAUAUAUUAAUGUCACGUGCAUAUUAAUGUUUGUAGUGGAAGUGGUGAUGAAAAAUAUUGCGUUUACACCACGUGGAUAUCUUCAAUCAAGAAGAAAUCGUUAUGAUUUGUUUGUAACUGUCACUGGAGUCGUUUGGGUGUUUUCACAUGCUGCAUUUACGAAUGAUUUAUCAUAUUUUAUUGGAUUCAUGGUGGUCAUACUGAGAUUCUUCACAAUUACUGGAAAACACGCUACUUUAAAGAUGUUAAUGUUAACAGUGGGUGUUUCAGUCUGCAAAUCCUUCUUUAUCAUCUUUGGAAUGUUCUUACUGGUGUUUUUCUACGCCUUGGCUGGUACUAUAAUAUUCGGUACAGUUAAAUAUGGAGAAGGCAUCGGUAGACGAGCAAAUUUUGAAUCAGCCGUGACUGGCGUCGCCAUGUUAUUCAGAAUAGUAACAGGUGAAGAUUGGAAUAAAAUAAUGCAUGACUGUAUGGUCCAACCGCCAUAUUGCACACCUGCUGAUAACUAUUGGGAAACCGAUUGUGGCAACUUCAGUGGUUCAUUAAUCUACUUCUGCACAUUCUAUGUUAUAAUCACUUAUAUCGUGCUAAAUCUACUAGUGGCUAUUAUCAUGGAGAACUUUUCCCUGUUUUAUUCCAAUGAAGAAGACGCAUUACUCUCGUAUGCUGACAUAAGAAACUUUCAAAACACUUGGAACGUGGUAGACAUUCAUCAACGUGGUGUUAUUCCAGUCAGGAGAGUAAAGUUCAUUCUACGAUUACUCAAAGGACGCUUAGAAGUAGAUCCACAAAAAGAUAGACUGCUUUUUAAACAUAUGUGUUAUGAAUUGGAACGUUUACACAAUGGAGAAGAUGUUACAUUCCAUGAUGUCAUCAAUAUGUUGUCGUAUCGUUCUGUGGAUAUAAGAAAAGCACUACAAUUAGAAGAGCUCCUUGCAAGAGAAGAGUUUGAAUAUAUUAUUGAAGAAGAAGUAGCUAAGCAAACAAUAAGAACAUGGCUUGAAGGUUGUUUAAAGAAGAUACGUUCCCAAAAUAACAAACAAAAUAGUUUGAUUGCUGGUCUCCGAGCAACAAACGAAGUUCUACAGGUUCUGGACACUCCAGAAGAAGUGAAAAAUGGUACACCUGAUCGUGAGAGUGACGGUGAGAAAGAAAAUGAAGCACCGCCGCGUGUUAAACCCAAACAAAUCAACUUACCAAGAUCAGAUAGUAUCGGUAGUAAUUCCGGAAGGAAAUAUCUUGCACCAACUUUAUCUGAUCCAGCGGCACGGACUGAUAAAGAACGUUUAUCGACUAAAAAGAAGAAUAAUCGACCAGCGGUGAUUCGUAUUGCUAAUAAAACGAAUUCAGAGAGUGUUCCUCACUUUCCAACUAUUGUUAGUAAGACAUUGGCUCAUCUUAGCGAGAACAGUGAAGCAAAUCGCAUGCCUCGAGAUAUGUACAACACCAAAUCAACUCUACCAAAAGUUAACAAUGCUAUGCAUGAGAUAAGAGAUUGGUGGAGUGAACAACUAAGUUAUCAGUCGCAAUCCAGCGAUGACGAAUAAAAAAUCGUCGACGUUGCUAUUAAUAAAAUUUUUAUUGAGUUUAUUGGUGGUUUACAAGUGAUUGAAAGUAGAAAUAUUCUAUAGAAUUUUGUUAUUUCUUUGUUCUCUAUUGAAUUAUAUAUUUUAUUAAUGAUUAUAUUGAAUGUGCCAAUUUUAGAGACUUUAUUGUUAAAUGAAUAUGUAUUAAAUGUGGUAUACACAUGAAAUAAAAAGAAAUCAAUGUGCCAA